CAUAUUUUAGAGGCUUUGAAACAUCAAAAGCUCACAUUGGACGUGCCUGUUUGAACGAUUCCGAUCCGCCAGGAGACCAGUUGGCACACGAGUGAAGGACUGUACACAAUGGAGUUUCUCUACCCACCAACAAUUGACCAUAGACUGGCCCCUUCCCCGGACGUUAAGGGCAAGCCAUCACUAUGGAAGACACCCGAGUUCAGGUUCUACCUGUUGGCGUUCAUCGUUGUUGUGCCAUGGAUGAUCAAGACCUCCAUAGACCUGUCUUCCACGGAAUCGAUCAACUACCCGAAGUACUCCCGUUUGCUGUCCAAAGGCUGGAUCACUGAAAGAGUUGAUAAUUCAGAUGCACAGUAUAGGUUCUUUAGGGAUAAUUUACAUCUGCUAUUGGCGUUGAUGGUGGUACACGUUGUCGUUAGAAGGCUGGUGACUGCCACGCUACACUGCUCUAGGCUAAACUUUGACUUUUUCUUUGGUUUUGUCUUUGCCUUUGCUGUCCACGGGGUGAAUGUUGUGAAGAUCAUGGGCCAUGUCUUGAUCUGUUUCACUCUGGUGAGAUUGUUCAAGGGGAACAAGACUUUGGCUACAAUUGUGCUCUGGGGAUAUGGAAUUGGCUCGCUGUUCAUCAACAGUAACUAUAGAACGUAUCCCUUAGGCUCGAUCUUGCCGGUGUUGUCAUUUGUUGACACUGGGUUCAAGGGCAUCGUUGCACGCUGGGAUGUCUUCUACAAUUUUACACUACUGAGGGUGCUAUCCUUCAAUCUGGACUACAUCAAUGCUCUUUACCCUGUGAAGGACACCGAGAAACCAAGAAGCUCAGAGUUCCAACGUGUCAAUGGCAAUCUACCACUGGAGGAUUACUCGUUGAAACACUACUUCGCCUACCUGUUCUAUGCUCCUUUAUUCAUUGCAGGCCCGAUCUUAACUUUCAACGAUUACGUCAAACAAAGCCGUUCCACUCUGCCUUCUAUCAACAAGAAAACCAUAGUGAACUACACCGUGCUGUUCUCCGUUUGCGUGCUGAACAUGGAGCUGAUCUUGCAUUUCAUCCAUGUCAAUGCCAUCACCAAAACUCGUGCAUGGGAAGGAGAUACACCUUUCCAGAUCUCUAUGAUUGGAUUGGUAAACUUGAACAUCAUUUGGCUCAAAUUGUUAAUCCCAUGGAGACUUUUCAGACUAUGGGCACUGCUGGACGGCAUUGAUCCUCCAGAGAAUAUGAUUAGAUGUGUCGACAACAACUACUCUGCAUUGGCAUUCUGGAAAGGUUGGCACAGAUCCUAUAACAAAUUCGUGGUGAAGUAUGUUUAUAUUCCGUUAGGAGGUGCUUCAAACAGGAUCCUAGCCUCGUUGGCAGUGUUUACCUUUGUUGCCAUUUGGCACGACAUUGAGCUGAGACUACUGUUUUGGGGCUGGCUGAUCGUGUUGUUUUUACUUCCUGAGUACUUCAUCUCCAACCACUUCCGUCAAUACGAGAGCCAAUGGUGGUACCGUCAUGUCUGUGCCAUUGGUGGUGUCGUGAACAUUUGGCUAAUGAUGGUUGCCAAUUUAUAUGGCUUUGCGCUUGGACACGAUGGAAUAAAGAAGCUCUUUGGUGAGAUGUUCUCUACGUGGAAUGGGUUUGGAUUCUUGAUCCUCGCCAACAUAUCCCUGUUUAUUGCAGUUCAAGUGAUGUUUGAAAUCAGGGAAGAGGAGAAAAGACAUGGCAUCGACUUAAAAUGCUGAUCCCUGUGUAUAUCAAUCAAUGCUUAUUAUAAAUUCUCUUGUAUUCUCUUGGAGUCAACGUUUUCACACUCCACAUUCCUCUUUUCUUUCUUUUCGACUCCUUCUCCUCUUGCCUAUAUACACGUUCCAUACCAUCGAACUCCACCUGGCUGCCUUCAUAGACAGAGCACAACCCCGUUCUCAACAUUUGCCUACCAACGUCUCUCCAUAUGAGCCAUUCUCGAACUUGAACGUGCCCAACCACACGCUCAUACUGAUCUAUACAAAGAGGCUUCAUCCGCACGUUCUUAUGUAGCAGCUUCAGCUUCAGCCACAUCAAUGCCUCAUCGCUGAACAACUGUGCUGGCUUGCCAAAAUGAGACCUUUCAGGCGCAUCUAUACCACAGAGCCUUAUAGGCAGCGUCCCAAUCCCUCUGUAGUGCUUCUUCGGCAGUGGCCUGUACUUUGUUCCCCACCCAAGCCAUCUCC